ACUGCUGGAGAAGGUGGAGCUCUGUAAAUAUGCCCCAACAAAAGCAGCAGCGACAGUGGAGGCAUUUAGUGCCAGGGAGGGUGGAGCUAUGUAAAUGUGACCAAAAACAAGCAGAAGGGAGGGUGGAGCCAUUCAGUGCCAAGUGGACAGGAGCAGUGCAGGUGGUAUAUUCCUGACUGAAGAAGUGAACUCAGGCUGGUUACCUCCUAGAGAGAGGCUGAUCUGUUCCUGGACGUUGCCAUGAGGGCAAUUUGGCGUGUGAGGCAGACUUGGGCCUCUGUGUGGUACCGUGCGUGGGAGCGAAGCGAGCACCGGAGAACUGCCCGGUGUGCAGAAAGUGCGAGGAACCUCCACAUCUGCUCUGCACUGGUGUACAGAGAGAAUGGAGCUCACACAGACGUCCUGCGGCUGGAGAGACUGGCCUUAGCGCCACUGGAUAAGCACUGCGUGAGACUGAAGAUACUUGCUGCGCCAGUGAAUCCAGCUGAUAUCAACAUGCUAGAAGGAACGUAUCCAGUACGCCCACCGUUCCCUGCUGUUGGAGGAAAUGAAGGCGUCGGGGAGGUCAUGGAAGUAGGAAGUGAUGUCACCUCUUUGAGCCCUGGAGACUGGGCCAUUCCUGUGGGGGCUGGUUUUGGAACAUGGAGGACAGAAGCAGUGUGUGAUGCGAAUGACAUCAUCAAGGUUCCCAAGGACAUAUCUCUGCUGGGUGCAGCUACCAUUGGGGUCAACCCCUGCACCGCUUAUAGGAUGUUACAUGACUUCCAGCCACUACGGCCAGGGGACACUGUUAUUCAGAACGGAGCCAACAGUGCAGUGGGACAAGCAGUCAUCCAGAUUGCUGCAGCAUUAGGUGUCAAGACUAUAUGCGUAAUCAGGGAUAGGCCCAACCAACAGGAAGUGAUGGAGGAACUUCUGUCCAUGGGGGCAGACUAUGUGGUGACAGAGGAGACACUGAAGGGGUCAGAGAUGGAUAAAAUAUUCCAGGAGGUCCCAAGGCCUAAGCUAGGUCUGAACUGUGUUGGGGGUCCAUACAGCGGAUAUCUUCUCUCUCAACUAGAUCACGAAGGAACACUGGUAACAUAUGGAGGAAUGUCCAAGAAACCACUGCCAGUUCCUGCUAAAGUGCUAAUAUUCAAAAACAUAACUCUGAGGGGAUUCUGGAUGACCAUGUGGAAGAGAGACCACAGAAAAGGUAAACAGGAAGACCAACAUGAAACACCAAAGCUGCUUGGAGACAUUCUCGUAACCACCAUGUUUCUCCAUAUCAGACCCAGCCAAGCUGCAGGCCAUGGUCGCCUCCCUCUGCGACCUCCUGCAGUCCGGCCGCCUGUCCCUCCCCCGAUGCGUCCAGGUGCCAUUUGGGGACUAUGCGCAUGCCCUGGAUAUGACCGAGUGCGCCCAUCAGCAGAAGCAUGUCCUCCUCAUGUAGACUUCUUAUGGACCCAACGUCCAAAUGUCGACGAUCAUAAAAAGUGCACGGGUGCCAGACAAGCAUUAAUUAUUCAUUUAUUUACAUAAAAAGGCUUAGUGGUUAGCUCCGAGUUCAAAGGACCCUUCAACAGGUAUUCACAGUAAAUAAAUCACUCCACUCAAUUUACAUCGUCUACAGGAACCAUAAAUCUCUGGCAUUCCAUAACUUUCAAAUUUAGAUCAUACAGUAGUAUUUAAGUUUGCUGCCCAACGGAAUUGUGGGAUGUGACUUUUAGCAGAGGUCUAAGUCUACAUCAUACCUCACUUUUCCACACAGUGACGGUGUAUACACAGGGUGAGUGAUGUAAAUGUCGUAAUAGC